CGGAAAGCGCUCGUCGUCACGGCGGGCGCGCUUUACGGCUCUCGGCGAGGCGGAGCCGGAGCCGGAGCCGGAGCCGCGCCGGGUGUGAUGUGUAAAAGGGGAUCCAUCUCCACGUGAAGUGAAAAUGGCCAAUCCUUUAAGAGGAGAAGUUCUGAAUCUGUAUAAGAAUCUGCUGUAUCUUGGCCGGGACUACCCGAAAGGAGCAGACUAUUUUAAAAGACGUUUGAAGAAUGUUUUUCUUAAAAACAAAGACGUGAAAGAUCCAGAGAAGAUCAAAGAACUUAUUAAGCAAGGCGAAUUUGUAAUGAAAGAGCUAGAAGCCUUAUACUUCCUUAGGAAAUACAGGGCCAUGAAGCAACGCUAUUACCCAGAUACCAGCACUAACUGACCAUGA